UUCGUUCGUGCUUUCCAUUAUGAAAGCACGUCCAGGCAAUCGACGUGUCAGUGCAAAUCAGUGUAGUGGGCGUGUGGACCCGGCCAAGGCGUGGCUGUCGCAGAGGGCGGCUCACUGGGCCAACAUGUACCUGCCGGGAACGGCGCCCGAGAACUCCAUGUGCCAGAGGGCCCUGCAGGCGAUGGCGGCGUCGCUGGCGGACAACACCACGCUCUGGGCCGCUAAGUUCGUGGACUCGUGGGCGAAGGUUCCUGACGGCCUCUACAUGGGCAACUGGGCGCUGGAGGGCGUCUACGACGAGUGCGUCGGCGCCUCCUCCCCCGACGGCGGCGUCCGGGGAAAGUUCUGCCGCGUCUUCGUCUUCAAGAACGACAGCCGUGAGGGCGUGCGGACCGACGGAGGCUGCGGCGCCCACGCCCUCGACGCCCGCCCGGGCCUGCAGGCGCGGCUCCCCCCCCUGUUCCCCACCAGGUUCGACUUCGCGCCCUUCAAGACCUACAGCACCUGCAUGCCCGACGCCUGCGCCGAGCACGAACUGCAGGAGAGUGUGUCGGCUGCGCUGGCGGACUCGAGCCUGGGGGUGCGGCGCGUGCAGUGCCACACGCUGCACGAGGCCCCCGAGUUCACCGUCGGAGACAUCGCCUUCAUCGCCCUCCUCAGCGCCCUCCUGCUCCUGAUGGUGGCUGCCUCCGCUCUAGACGUCUACAUCGAGAAGACGCGCAACAAAACCAUCGCCAAAGGCGGCGCCCGCUUCCUGCUCCCGUUCUCCGCCUACACCAACCUCAGCAAACUGUUCCAGCUGAACACCACCAGGUCUUCGGAGAACAUCACCUGCCUACACGGAAUCAGGGUGCUGUCCAUGGUGUGGGUCGUUUACGGGCACCAGCACCAGGCGGGAGCGAGCUUCACUGCCAAUUUUCUUAUGAUGUUUCCUAAAACCUCAGGCUUCAUGUACCAGCUCCUCAGCAACGCCUUCUUCAGCGUCGACUCCUUCUUCUUCCUCAGCGGCUUCCUCGUCUCCUACGUCCUCCUCAGGGAAAUGUCGAGGACGGGCAGGUUCAACGUCGUCAUGUUUUAUCUCCAUCGCUUCAUCAGAUUGCUCCCCCCCAUCGCCCUCGCCACCGGCCUGUUCGCCACCGUCGCCCGCUACUUCCUGACGGGGCCCCUGGCGGACAGCUGGGCCUACUGGCAGAAGGGCUGCGUCGUGAACUGGUGGAAGGACCUCGUCUUCGUCAACAACUUUCUCUUGGAGGAGGAUGACCCUGGAGCGGGAGCCGACUGCAUAGGCCAAACAUGGUACCUGGCCGUGGACACGCAGCUGUACCUGGUGGCGCCCCUGGUCAUCUUGCCGCUGCACUACUUCGAGGCGGCAGGUCUGGUGUGGCUCUACGUCGUGACCUUUUCUUCCAUCGUCAUCCCAGCGGCCGUGACGUAUGCUUAUGACCUCGAGCCGACCUUUCUGAUGGGGGAUACAAACGGUUUCGAAUUCUUCAAGAAAGUCUACGUGACCCCCUGGUGCCGCGCGGGUCCUUGGCUCGUGGGCGUCUGGCUGGGCUACGCGUUCCACAAGCAGGGCCAGAGGGAGGUGGUGCUCAAGAAGAAUAAUACAACGAAAUAUGAGUGUUAUACAUACACAAAUAUCACCCGCACUAAAUUGCUCCCCCCCAUCGCCCUCGCCACCGGCCUGUUCGCCACCGUCGCCCGCUACUUCCUGACGGGGCCCCUGGCGGACAGCUGGGCCUACUGGCAGAAGGGCUGCGUCGUGAACUGGUGGAAGGACCUCGUCUUCGUCAACAACUUUCUCUUGGAGGAGGAUGACCCUGGAGCGGGAGCCGACUGCAUAGGCCAAACAUGGUACCUGGCCGUGGACACGCAGCUGUACCUGGUGGCGCCCCUGGUCAUCUUGCCGCUGCACUACUUCGAGGCGGCAGGUCUGGUGUGGCUCUACGUCGUGACCUUUUCUUCCAUCGUCAUCCCAGCGGCCGUGACGUAUGCUUAUGACCUCGAGCCGACCUUUCUGAUGGGGGAUACAAACGGUUUCGAAUUCUUCAAGAAAGUCUACGUGACUCCCUGGUGCCGCGCGGGUCCUUGGCUCGUGGGCGUCUGGCUGGGCUACGCGUUCCACAAGCAGGGCCAGAGGGAGGUGGUGCUCAAGAAGUGGCAGGUCGUGGCCGGCUGGACGACGUCGACAGCCGUGGCGCUCCUGCUGGUGCUGGGGAUGUGGAGCUACAACGUGGUGCCCCCGAAGGCGCAGUACGACGUCGUGACGCAGGUGACAUACGCGGGGCUAAGCCGACCCGCCUGGGGCGCCGUGCUGGCCUGGGUCGUCUACGCCUGCCACUUCGGCUAUGGAGGUCCUGUCGACGGCUUCCUGUCCCAUCCCUCGUGGCAGCCCAUCAGCAGGGUCACCUACUCCACGUACCUGGUGGCGAUGCAGAUCCAGUACCUCACGACCUAUACGUCCAAGGCGCCCUUCUACUUCACGCCCCUCAAUGUGCUGAUGCAGACGACGGCGGCGCUGGUCGCCUCGGGCAUGGUGGGCGUGGUGCUGUCCCUGACGGCGGAGGCGCCCGUCAUCGGCCUCGAGAAGCUCCUUCUGCGGCGUCCAGGGCGCGGCGGCGGGCGCGGCCCCGAGGCCCCCGGGCACGACAACAAGGCCUUUAAGGGGGACAUGGAAGAGCUCCCCCGAGGGGGAGAUCCCGAGGGCAGCCCAGGCGCCCACGAUGGUGACGUCACAGGACAGGAGGCCGUCACCAAGUUCUGAGUCACUUGCAGCUCCCGAUAAAGUGGCACGAAAUAACUCGUGGGUCGCGACACUAGAUGCAGCCUUGACCUGAACUAGCGACCCUAAAGGUGUUGGAACAAAUCCAACCUUUUGUUUGUUAUAGUUGCAGAUGAUUAUAGACAGACGUUAGUCUAUCUAUAUAAAUUCACAUUAAUAAC